CCGAGAUCAUAGCAGUGUAAGCCAGUGAAAGUAAAUAGUGUGUAGAUUAGCGUUACUCAGAGUUGUAGGCUAUUGUUAAUUCCAUUUCCUUUAAUACAGCAGAUUGUUUCUCAAUGGCUUUCACAAAACAUGUCAAUUACAAUGCUCUUUUAUAUUUAAAUGUAGGGAAAUUAGAAUUGUGCAUACAUAAAUAAGCUGGUCUUUCCACAUCACCUUAUAUUUGAAUGUCAGGUAGACUCCUCCGUCUGUUUGCUUAGGGAAAUGUCAGGUAGACUUCUCUGUCUGGUUGCUUAGGGAAAUCACUGCAAUCUUCCUCUUCUUUCCUUUCUUCUGUUGACGGGCUUCAACUGGCAAAAUGCAGGAGGUCGGUGAUGCCGGGUCAGUGGUCUGAUUUAGAGGUUAUGGUGUCAGCUGUAACACUACAGAGAGACUCAGCCAAGGUCAUGGAGGUCUGUGAAUUCUCAGAGAAAGAAAAUGAGUUUCGGGGUGAGCUCCUGAAUCAGCGGUGGACGCGAGGCGAGAGGAUCAGCCGCUGCCAGCCCGCACAGAAACUGCAGAGCGGACCAAUCAAAAUGAGUGUGGAGAGUGAUGACACGCGAAGCACACGUACACGCUCCAAGGGAAUCAGAGUUCCUAUAGAGCUUGUUGGACAAGAGCUGAGCUGCCCCACCCCUGGAUGCAAUGGCUCUGGCCACAUCAGUGGGAGAUAUUCACGACACAGAAGUGUGCUGGGCUGCCCCUUGGCCAGGAAGCGACGUCUGGCAGAUGCUGAGGCAGAGCAGGACCAGCCGUCCUCUAAAAGGAAGUCCCACCCUCUAAAGCUGGUCAUGGACGAGGGCUUCAGCAUAGACAGUGAUGGGAGCAGCGAAGAGGCAGAGGAGGAGGCCAAAGAGGAGGAGAAAGAGGAGGACGAGAAGGAGGAGAAGACAGAAGAGCUGACCCAGGAACAGCCACAGCACGAAGAAGAAACCGAGGAGGAGCAGGAGGAAAGGCAGGAGAAGAAGACAGAGGAGGGGGAGAACACAGAUCAGGAAGAGGAGGAGAACACAGAUGCAGCUGAUGCAGAUGAAGAGGAAUGUAUGAUCAUUGAGCCGGUAUCUAGUAAAACAGCUUGCAAAGCUGAAGAGGGGGAAUGGCCUAAGAGCGAGGACUACUCUAGCUACCAUCAGAUCCUAGCCAACUCUCUACUCCACCUGGGCGGGGUCCCCGACACCACAGAGACCACCUCACACGAGCCCGUUACCAUGGAGACAGAGGAAGAUGUCACAGCUGUGAAGCACUCCGUUGUGGUAGUGGAACACUCAGAGGCGCAGGAGGAAGAGGAGGAGGGACAGGAGGAGGAAGAGGAGGAGCAGCAACCUGCAGAGAAAGAGGAGGAAGAGGAGGAAGAGGAGGAAGAGGAGGAGGAAGAGGAAGAUGAGGAAGAGGAUGAGGAGGAGGAUGAGGAGGAGGAGGGAAGUGUUAAAGUAAGUGAAGAACCUUCUGUUGUAGAUAGGGUGGAGGAGGAAGAGGAGGAGGAGGAGGAAGAUGAGAUUGAGGAGGCUAGAGAGGCUGUGACACAGAGAACCUUUGACCACCCAUACUUCACUGGAGACAUCCACCAGCAGCAGGACAAGGCUGAGGAAGAUGAAGAGGAGGAAGAGUAUGAAGAGGAGAGAAGGGAAGCAAAGCACCAGCCACAUGAGAUACUAGAGGAAGAGGAGGAGGAGGAGGAGGAGGAUGAAGAUGACAUUGAGGAGGUGGACGUGAGAGUGCACCCUGUCUUCCUGCCCACCACCAUCACUGCAGCAGCUCAGGGACCAGCCACACAGAGGGAGAGAGAAGAGCACAGGGCCAGGACUACAGAGGAUUACAUCUCCCACAGGACCAGCCACCUAGAGAACUACAACCCCCACAGGACCAGCCCACUGGAGAACUACAACCCCCACAGAGUCAGCCCCUUACAGCACUACACCUCCCAUAAGGCUUCAGCAGCCUCUGACAUCAUCGAGGUGCGUUCAGAGGAUUCGGGUAGGGACUACGAUGAAGAAGAUGGUGAUGAGGAGGAAGAAGAUGACAGUUUGUCUCAGAGGUGGACAGAUGAGUCAGAGAUGUAUGAUAUGACCCGGGGCAACCUGGGGCUUCUGGAGCAGGCCAUCGCCCUGAAGGCAGAACAGGUGAAGGGGCCUCGCGACCUCCUCCUCCUCCGCCACCCCGUCGUCACCCCGGAGCACCACCACCGCUACUUCACCAUGGACGACCGGCCCAAACACCUAGACACCAUGCGCAAGAGCUACUUCAGCAGUAAAGCUGUCUCUACAGAGGGCAGCAGGCCAGAGAAGAGGGAGAUCAAAUGCCCCACCCCUGGCUGUGACGGGACUGGUCAUGUUACUGGACUCUACCCCCACCACCGCAGCCUGUCUGGUUGUCCUCACAAGGACAGGAUCCCUCCUGAGAUCCUGGCCAUGCAUGAGAACGUGCUGAAGUGUCCGACCCCAGGCUGCACCGGACAGGGCCAUGUCAACAGCAACCGCAACACCCACCGCAGUUUGUCAGGAUGCCCCAUCGCAGCCACAGAGAAGCUGUCCAAGAGCCACAACCUUGACAAGCAGCAUCUCUCCCAGCCAAUCAGAGAGCACCUCAAAGAAAGUCCCAACAACAAUGACAGAGUUUUAAGGCCCAUGUGUUUUGUGAAGCAGCUGGAAGUACCUCACUAUGGGCAGUACAGGCCCAAUAUGGUGCCUGCCACACCUCGUGCCAACCUGGCCAAGGAGCUGGAGAAGUACUCCAAGGUCUCCUUUGAUUAUGCAAGCUUCGACUGUCAGGUGUUUGGGAAACGCAUGCUUGCUCCAAAGAUACCGACCAGCGAAGCCUCACCCAAAGCCUUUAAAUCUAAACUCUCGUCCCCCAAGUCUUCUUCUCCCAGCCUCAGCCUGCAUGGAGGUUAUGGAAAGACUGCCUCUUCUGCCUACGACUACUCCCAUGAAGCCCAGGCAGCCCACAUGGCUGCCACCGCUAUCCUGAACCUGUCCACACGCUGCUGGGAGAGGCCUGAGAACCUGAGCACCAAGCACCAGGACCUGGCUAGCAAGAGCAUGGACAUCGAGGUGGACGAGAAUGGGACUCUUGACCUGAGCAUGAAGAAGCCCGUCAAACGAGAGGGCACCAGCCCUGGGGUAUGUUCCCCGGACCCCUCCUCCUCCUCUUCCUCCCUGCACCACGGAGGCAGCAGUGGCAUGACCUCGCCCCACACAGUCCACGCCUACAAACAGGAACACUGGGAGGAGCCUCUGGACUACACCAAACCUAACCGCCAGCGGGAGGAGGACACAGAGGAGAUGGAGCACCACACAGCGCAGUCGUUUGCCUCGUCCGACCCUGAGGACAUGGACCUGAUGCAGGACUACCCCGAGGAGAGGAAGUACCCUGGAGAGGUCACCACCCCAAACUUCAAGGUCCAGUUCCAACAGCCAAAGGAUUGCAAGAAAGAUGUGCUCCUGUGCCCCACUCCUGGCUGUGACGGCAGUGGCCACAUCACCGGAAACUAUGCAUCCCAUCGAAGUCUGUCUGGGUGUCCUCUUGCUGAUAAGAGUCUUCGGUCCCUCAUGGCGACCCACUCUGCUGAACUCAAGUGCCCCACUCCAGGAUGUGAUGGUUCAGGACAUAACACUGGAAACUACGCCUCCCACAGAAGUUUGUCUGGGUGUCCCCGUGCCAAGAAAGGUGGAUUAAAAACAUCUCCCACCAAGGACGACAAGGAGGACUCCGAGCUCUUAAAAUGCCCUGUGCCUGGCUGUGACAGCCUAGGUCACAUCAGUGGGAAGUACGCCACGCAUCGCAGUGCCUAUGGGUGCCCGCUGGCUGCCCGCAGGCAGAAGGAAGGGAUGCUCAACGGUAACCCCUUUUCCUGGAAGGCCUUUAAGACGGAGGCCCCCACCUGCCCCACCCCCGACUGCGAUGGAUCAGGACACGCCAACGGCAGCUUUCUCACACACCGCAGUCUCUCUGGCUGUCCCAGAGCCUCCUUUGCCAAGAAGAAAGCCAAGUUCCCUGGAGAGGAGUACCUGAGCACCAAGUUCAGGGCCAGUGGCGUUCUGGAUAAUGACGAGGACAUGAAGCAACUCAACAAGGAGAUCAAUGAGCUCAACGAGACCAACAACGAGAUGGAGACAGACAUGGUGAACCUGCAGACACAGAUCUCAUCCAUGGAGAAGAACCUGAAGAACAUUGAGGAUGAGAACAAGCUGAUUGAGGAGCAGAAUGAGGCUCUCUUCGUGGAGCUAUCUGGCCUCAGCCACGCCCUGAUCCGCAGCCUGGCCAACAUACGUCUCCCACACAUGCAGGAGCCAAUCACUGAGCAGAAUUUCAACAGCUACUUGAGCACCCUGACUGACAUGUACACCAACAAGGAGUGCUUCCAGAACCCGGAGAACAAGGCUCUGCUGGAGAGCAUCAACAAGGCUGUGAAGAGCAUCAAGGUGUGAAAACCUUGAGAAAAAAAAGUGAAAACAUGUAAAAGGAGAGAUGGAGUCAAGAGACCACAGUAUAUUUACCGAGAAUACAAAUACAAAAAGGGCAUUCAGGUUUUAUAAACGACAACUUAAAUUAAACCCAGGGAGCAUUCUGUAAAGAAGAAAAACUUAACUAGGACCAAAAUCCAAACCUGCUGCUGCUGGGAUCGGAAGGAGGAAGUGGAAUGGAACCAAAUCCUUCAGUUUGAAUUGAUGAAAAAAAAAUCUAUAUCUGGGGAUUUGUUUGUUUGUUAUAUGUUAUCUUUGUCGUUUUCAUGUCUGUCCUGUUUUGGAGGUGUCUCAUUGACUGUCCCAAUGUAUACUGUAAUUCAAGCUUUAGUUCAGCAACAAUUUGGAGAAGAACGAAAGAAAGAAAGAAAGAUGGGAAGUAGUGGGUCUGACCUGCCUACAUGAGGUGAAGAAAACCGUUGAGGAAAUAUCAAAAACCAAGCCGAUGAAACGCCAACGUUGUGUUCUAGGGAAGACACUAAAGGCUUCAUUCAGAAAGGUUGCUCUGGGGCAGGAUAAGGAGAGUGUGCUUGUGAGCGGUGCAGCAACCCCUAUUGAGGAGAAGCAAAUGGAGAAUCACUGAACUCUGAGGUCUUCUUGAGCAAUGGUUCAUGUACUUAUUGUUGUUACUCCUGCAGCAAGAUGUCAACACGGCUCUAUGUCUCAAAUCAGCGGAACAACUCUUCAAAUGAAGAUUAAGUCACAAAUCACGGGGGAGUUUUUCUCUUCUGAAAAUCAACAGUACAGCCUGUACUAUAUUUUUAAUGGAACAACUGGUGUAUGAGAGCAGCAAAUUACAGCCUUUUUUCUUUGAACUGAAUGAUGAUAGUAAUGGUCAAUUCCAGUUAGUCCUAUCAAUAGUUUUUAUGAACAUAGAAAUUGCACUUCAUUUCAAUGAAUAGUUUGUGGUACAAUAAUUCUUGUUAUAUAAAUUAUAAAACAUUUGUGAAUGCACAAAAUUGUAAUUUAUUGCCAUUUUAUGUUAAACUGCUUGUAUUUAUUUAAUUUUAUCUAUUUAUUCACUUUAUUUUUUUGUUUUGUGAAACACAAAAUGCAACCCUGCUGGUCUAUCAUGGCCAUAAAGAUUUAAAACAGGGAGACUUCGACAUCAAUAUUUAAAAAUCUAUAUAGAUAACUGUUCACACUUAAUUAUUUUAUAUAUCUUAUUUUAUUUUAAAUAUUUUUUUUUACAUUUUUAAGUGCAGAUAUUUUAUAACUGACAAAGUUUUGAUAAUUUUAUAAAACUGUUUUCAUUUCUGUUAUUUCUGUUAUGAUAAAGUAUCUUCAGAAAAUCCACGGCUUAAAAAGAAAGUAUGUAUUUAUUAUUUAUUUAAUAUUGAGGAAAUUGACUGUCAUAUGGUUGUAUAUUUAUUUAGUCAUUUCUGUGUGUCCUGUGAUGGCUGAGUCUUAGUAGUCUUAAAAUCCAUUGCUAAUAUUUAAAUAAAGAAAAAAAACAUGGCUAGAAAGAAAAUCAUAGAAUAUUGUUUGAUUUGCUUUCAUAGAUAUACCAGCAGUUAUUCCUAAGCAGAAUAACCAACAAAAGCAGUCACUGUUCUGUUGGUAUCAGAUUGUCUUUGUGCCAGCAAGGAGUUGUUUGCGUUUUGUCAGGAAAAAUAAGACCAAGAAAAUAGAAGGAUAAAAUGUUUCUUCCCCGAGCGCUUUGUAGUGGCCAACACUGGCUAACCCAAAACAUCUUUAAUGUACCAGAGAUGUUUUAAUGCCUUUUGAUCAAAUAUUUUUUCUCUGUUUAUUCUUUUCUCUAAAUGUCUUGGGCAGAAGCUCCAUAGAGCUCUUUUCCAGUGUGUUCUAGAGCUCUGUUCAAGUGUGUUCUAGAGCUCUGUUCCAGUGUGUUCUAGAGCUCUGUUCCAGUGUGUUCUAGAGCUCUGUUCCAGUGUGUUCUAGAGCUCUGUUCCAGUGUGUUCUAGAGCUCUGUUCCAGUGUGUUCUAGAGCUCUGUUCCAGUGUGUUCUAGAGCUCUGUUCCAGUGUGUUCUAGACUAGAUGUCUGGGUCUAAAACACUUUAAGGAAAAACUAAACCAUCAAGGAGAAUGACAACUAAUAUCAGAUCCACUACGCCCAUGUAGCCUUAUUUUAGAUUUCAUUUGUUGAUGCACAAAGUGCCACAAACCCCUCACUUUCUUUCCUGAUUCUUUGCAUUCUGCAAUGUACAAUGUCUAGUCACGUGACAUGACCAGGGCGUCAGACCGAGAGUUGGGUUGUUUCAGAUGCCUUUGUUUCUUUGCCAAGAUGGCCAUAAGUACACUGUAUAUACAUUCUGUAUAAAUAGAAAUUUAAAAGCUAUAUGAAUAGAAACAUGCAUAUAUUUUUCCAGUGUAAUUGUUGCCUCUUUUCCUCUUCUGUUAGCUUAUCAGAGGAACUACACCUGUCUGAGAGUUGUGACGAAUAGAGGCGGAUAUGACUGUGGCUUUUUAGGUUUCCUUUUCUAUGGAUUUCUCUCUAUCUUUGAUCCAGACAUGGUGAAAAUGCUAACGCAUGUUGUAGUGAAUCUGAAAUGCUAACGCAUGUUGUAGUGAAUCUGAAAUGCUAAUGUAUGUUGUAGUGAAUCUGAAAUGUCUGUAAUCUUAACUAAAUGGUUGGCUCUUCGUUCAAGUGUCCUGUGAGUGAGUUCAUGCAUAGAGGCCUCUUUGGUCACAUUGGCGCUAUAUUGUGCAGUACUGUGUCGUUGUGAUAAGAUUAUGAUAAGGUCAGCUCUCAAACACAGAUCACAACGUUAAAGAGCCAAUAGGGAAAGUGUAGUACUUGCUCUGAGUGAUCUGUUGCAACUAGGAGGAGACCCUGUGAAAAUAUGAUGAGGUAACCUAGUGGGAGACCCUGUGGUAAUAUAAUGAGGUAGCCUAGUGGGAGACCCUGUGAUAAUAUAAUGAGGUAGCCUAGUGGGAGACCCUGUGGUAAUAUAAUGAGGUAGCCUAGUGGGAGACCCUGUAAUAAUAUGAUGAGGUAGCCUAGUGGGAGACCCUGUGGUAAUAUAAUGAGGUAGCCUAGUGGGAGACCCUGUGAUAUUAUAAUGAGGUAGCCUAAUGGGAGACCCUGUGAUAAUAUAAUGAGGUAGCCUAAUGGGAGACCCUGUGAUAAUAUAAUGAGGUAGCCUAAUGGGAGACCCUGUGAUAAUAUAAUGAGGUAGCCUAAUGGGAGACCCUGUGAUAAUAUAAUGAGGUAGCCUAAUGGGAGACCCUGUGAUAAUGUAAUGAGGUAGCCUAAUGGGAGACCCUGUGAUAAUAUAAUGAGGUAGCCUAGUGGGAGACCCUGUGAUAAUAUAAUGAGGUAGCCUAAUGGGAGACCCUGUGAUAAUAUAAUGAGGUAGCCUAGUGGGAGACCCUGUGAUAAUGUAAUGAGGUAGCCUAAUGGGAGACCCUGUGAUAAUAUGAUGAGGUAGCCUAGUGGGAGACCCUGUGAUAAUAUAAUGAGGUAGCCUAAUGGGAGACCCUGUGAUAAUAUAAUGAGGUAGCCUAAUGGGAGACCCUGUGAUAAUAUAAUGAGGUAGCCUAAUGGGAGACCCUGUGAUAAUAUAAUGAGGUAGCCUAAUGGGAGACCCUGUGGUAAUAUAAUGAGGUAGCCUAGUGGGAGACCCUGUGAUAAUAUAAUGAGGUAGCCUAAUGGGAGACCCUGUGAUAAUGGGUAGUGUAAUUAGCUUUCAGAAAGUGUAAUGAAACUCUCUUGUGUAUUUUUUUUAAACCAUUGAAAGUGCCAGCAUUUGAGUAUGGACUUCUAAUAGCACACUGGGUUAUGGCCACUAGGAAUGUACUGGUACUCACCCCAGCAGAGUGAGAAAAAGAGAAACAAAGACCUGCAUAUUUACCCUGUUUGUGUUUUAAUGUACAGUACCAGUCAAAAGUUUGGACACACCUACUCAUUCAAAGGUUUUUCUUUAUU